AUGUCGGUGAAGGCCCAGCCUCUGCUGUUGGCGGCAGCGUCGUCGGGCGACGCUGGAUCCUCGGGGGCAUCUGGGCCAUCUGGGCGGCAGGCGAUUGCAAAAGCAGCAGGGGGGAGGGAGCGCGGCAGGGACGUCCAGUUGACAUUUGUCGGUAAGAGGUGCGAGGUCUGCGAUGGCCCCGAGGAAGGGCCCGACCCCGUCCACUUAGCGUUGUUCAAGGAUGAGGUUCCGUUGGAUUGGGGCUACCCUCCCACGAUGAAGUCCGAUGGGAAGUGGUACAAUCAGGGCAGCGGCUGCGGACUGGUCUGGGAGUGCUUGUACAAGAAGAGGCCGAUGAAUUGGAAGCAGCUCAUCGCUCAUCUCGGCAAGGCCAAGGCCAAUCACGACGAGUUCUUGGAGCUGAAGGAGCUCGCCAAAAAGAAGAUUAUCUUAGGCGACGGCAAUGCCAAGAUCGAUUGGAAAGAAAUGAAGAAGACCUUGACCACUAAGGACCGCACUGAGGAUGCGAUGGAGGAGGCGGACGACGAGUACUGGGACUACGACUACUACCUCUCGGUCCACGGGGACCCGUCGGCAAACGGCUUGGGCCACCGGGUCGUCACGAAGAACGCUAAAGGCGAGAAGGAAGUGAUUGUCCCGGGCCCUCCGAUCAGGAAGCGGAAGAGGAGGGGGGUCAUGAUCGCCGACAUCACCGAGGAAGUGGACAAUUCCGAGACCAAGCUCCAGAUCAAGGACGACCAGAUGGAGAGCGCGAAGGCGAUCGUCGACGCGCAGAACACCCCCUUGAAAGCCACUGCGAAAUACGUCGCAGCUCACUCUCCUGCAGCCUCUGGCAGCGCGUGCCGGGCCGUGGCCAGUCCAUGCGGCAAGGUCCAGGCUUCGCCCUUGCAGCUUGCUGCGUCUCCAGAGGCGCGCCCGGCGGGCCUCUUCGGCGUGUCCCUCAUUUGCGCCGAGCCCGCGCUGGAGGGGUUCGAGGAGGAGGACGAGGGCAUGGAUACUUUGCCGCGCGGCCGCAGAGCAAAUGGCAAGGCCAAGGCGAAGGGCGCGGCCGCUGCUAAGGGCAAGUCGGCAAAGGCGAAGACGACCGCGGCCCAGGGCGGCGUCGACGGCGCGGGCGAUGACGGAGACGGCGGUGCCCCCAUCAGCAAGCCAAGCGGCGGCGGCCGCGGUCGGAAACCGUUGGACUUGACUCGAGAGGUUCAGAAGAUCUCUGACAAGUUCGCGAACACCGAGAAGGAUGACCCCGAGCUCUACGGCGCUGGCGAGGAGAACAAAAACUUCAAGAAGGCGAUCAAGAAGAGGAAGGACGACUUGAAAAAGGCCAUCGAGAAUGUGGAGAACGUCGAGAGUUUGAACGCGACGCUCAAGUUGCAGAAGACGUUGGAUGGCACCGCGGAUCUGAUGAAUGCCGUGAAGGAGCACGGAGAGGAAAGCGCGGCCUUCUACGAGAUUUACCAGAAAACGCUGACCCAUAACAGGAUGGAGCCAGAGAUCGUCAUUCCUCUGCCUGACUUCGUCAACAUGGGCAUCUGCAAGCAUGAGUGCCUGGCGUGUCCGCCCGCGCAGUUCAUGCAGGUGGCCCGCGCCGAGAGGUGCAAGGCCGCAUUCGGCUUGGCUGCGUGGGGGAAAGCUCAGGCCAACAUCUACUCGGAUCGCGUCGUCCAGUGUUUGAAGCAGCCCAAGACUGACGAGCUUCUCAAACGGGUCUUCCCACAUCCUUUGCCAGAGAACCUCGAUGCGUUGGUGUCCGCCGGCCUCCAGACGCAGAUUCGCCACGUCACCGCGAUCUUGUUCAACGGUGGCAGCGAGCCCAAGGAGGUGUUGUCGGCUGCGGACGCCACCAAGGACAAGAACUUCGUCCUCUCUUCAAGCUUGCAGAUGUUUCCAGUGGGGCGGAACUUGGUGAAGUCAGCCCGCGCGGGGGCCGAGGCGCGCGAGGCGGAGCUGGACUGCGAGACAGCGUGCAUGCCUGACGUGGAGGCCCUCCGGAAGUCCUUGGGCGCCGAGCCCUCGGAGGGCAGCUUUGCGGACAUCCAGGCGGGCCUCCAGGCCCCCGCGUCGCAGGUCAUCGUUGAGGCCACCAAGGUUGCCGCCGCGAUGUGGGAGGCCUUGAUCAUCGACGUCUUGAAUGGCACCGAGACGUUUGACGUGAAGUUCGGCUCUGGCGUGGGCAUGUCGGCGCUUGCCAUUCUCACGAGCAUCGGUGACCUGCGAGGGCCCCUCAGAAGGUUGUUGGAGAUCGCCGCCUGCCCCGAGUCGGAUAUUCCUUCUCACAUCUUGAGCGCAUGCAAUCUCAUCAAGGAGUUCAGCUCCGCCCAGAAUUUCGACAAGAGCAAGUACCCCCGCGAGCGCGUCAUGUCCUUGAAGAGUGCAAUCGCGACCAUGUCCGCGAGCGAUCGCUUUUCAGCCGAAGUGAGAGAUGGUGUCAAAGAGUGGCUGGAGCAGAACGGCCCUGAGGAUAACAAGCUGAUGAAGUUCGUCACGGAGGAGAUGGGCAAGGUCACGGAGGGCAAAUUCCAACCUCUCAUCGACUACGUCAAGACGAUUCUCGCCACUCCGGGCGGGGGGCAGAAGAAUGUGCAAGCUGAAGUUCUUGAGGGUGCCAUGGACAUCGUCAAAAUUGCGAUCGACAGCGGCGACGUGAUGCUGAAGCGAGAGGUGUUUUUCAUGACGGCCUUGGCGAAGGCGUACGUUCCCCUGAAGGCCUUGAAGAGCUCGGUGGCGUCCGCGACCGAGGGGGGCAAGCGCGUCCAGAUCGAGGCCGGCUUCUGCAAGACGCUGGAAGGCGCCCUCAACUGCUUCAAGGACUUCAACGACCGAGCCGCCGCAGACUCCGAUCAGCUGGGCGAGCUCUUCAAACUACGAGGCGAUGGGCAUCAUCCGUGCCCCAGCUUGGUGGACAUAUGCGACGCAAGGUCUGUGACCGAUGACUUGAGGAAGAUUGGCGAAGAGUCGAUCAAUAUCGUGAGCGAGUCCUGGACCAAGAGUUUGACCGAGGACCGCGAUGCGCUCCUCAACGGCACGCCGCAGGAGUACCAGAUGAAGAAGAACGAGGUCAUGAGCGACGCCGAGCUGCUGAAGAAGAUGGUCUCCAAUGAUGAGUUCCAGAAUGUUGCCAAGCUCAGCUCCAAGGCGCAGGUCGAACUGAACCUCAUCAAGAAUGUCCAGGCCGGCCCCAUCAAGCUUGUCGGCCCCGAGCUGUUCAAGUCUGCCGGCGACGCCUGCGCCGUGAGCGCUGGGUACGUGACCACGACCUACGCCGUGUUCCGCAUGUCAUCAGAGCUGGCCCCGAUGGCGAAUAGCAAGGGUCGCAGGGUGGCGGCGCAGCGUCUGAAAGACGAGCUCUCCAAGAAGAAGCAGUGGGUCAACCUCAGCGCCGACGUUGCGGCGGCCUUGGACAGGAUGAUCACGGGGGCGAUGGAGGACGCCGAGGCCGACUCCAUCAAGGCCAUCGUCCCCGAGGAGGGCGACGCAGAGGAGGGCGACGCCGACG